AACAGAUUAAAAGUGUGCAGGGAAAAAGGUCCAAAGUGAUAUAGAGAAAAAAAAAUUACACCUACACAUAUAUAAACGUAGUGAAGAAGUUUAAUACGAUAUAAUGGCUGUCAAAUUGAUAUUUUUGUCAUCGCUAUUAACACUGUGCAUAAGUUCGUCUAUGGCCAGAUCAGUUGGACAUGCACACUCGUUUCAACACUUUCAUGGCCCGGUACAAGGAGAAGAAAAAGAGGUCACAUGGACGGAUCAGCAUGGCAAAAAACACCAGGACUAUUCGGCACCUGCACACUACGAGUUUGCUUAUGGAGUUGAAGACCAUAAUACCGGUGACUAUCACGGUCAGAAAGAGCAAAGAGAUGGAAAGGCAGUCAUUGGCGAAUAUACAAUCAAAGAGCCUGACGGCAAUAUUAGGAUCGUAAAAUAUCGCGCCGACGAGGACGGCUUCCACGCAACAGUACUCAACAGCAACAGAAAUGAUCAACCUAACGCUAAUGGCAUUGCCAAUGACGACGCCGAAGGCAGCAAUUACCAUAACGACGAGGAUGUUAGUGAUACCAGUGACGUCAGCCAACUUUGA